AUGUCGCGCGAACGUCGGAUCUUUAAAGAAUUUGAAAGUAUCAAGGCCGAUGCAUCUUCAGGUGUGACGCUUGAAAUAAUCGAUGAAGCCAACAUGUCGCAUCUCAAGGGAACAUUUCGAGGUCCUCCUGGAACACCAUAUGAAGGAGGAGUUUUCCAGGUUGAUAUUAACUUGCCACCUGAAUACCCGUUUAAACCACCCAAGAUGAAGUUUGAUACCAAGGUGUAUCAUCCUAAUGUAUCAUCUCAAACAGGUGCCAUUUGUCUUGAUAUUUUGAAGGACACGUGGACGCCUAUUUUAACGCUUCGAUCAUGUUUAAUUUCGCUUCAAUCACUGCUUCAAUCGCCAGAACCAAACGACCCACAAGACGCCGAAGUUGCGAACCAUUACCGCAAGGAUUACAAAGGAUUUGCAGAGACUGCUAGAUACUGGACUCAACAUUAUGCCCAGCCGGCUGGAACGCCUGUUGCACCUGGAAGCCAGGGAAGUAGUGCGGCACCGGUACAGCUAGAGAACUUAUAUGGGAUUGAUCCACAGCUUGUGGCAAAGUUUACGGAUAUGGGGUUUACGAAGGAACAAGUUGUGGAUGUGUUGCGAUGGCUUGGAAUCAAAAAGUGGUCUAGCGAGCAGGACGAGAAUCGGAUUUUGGAGAAGCUGCUUGCUGAAUAA